CCCCCUCGACUAUAAGCUGCCUCCACACUUCCACUGUUCCACAGUACAGCCCUGCUCACCACGCUCACUGGAGGGGCGGACGCUCUCCCUCCAGCCGUGGCGGCGGACGGCCGCUCACCUGCACUGCAGAUCCAGAUUAGUUCAUCUGAUGGAUAUGCUCAAAGGAGAUAUAGAAUCUGGGGAGGGGAUGACCACAACCAUACUACCUGAUGACCUGGUGGUGGACAUCCUGUCUCGGCUGCCACUGAAGUCCUUUUGCCGCUUCAAAUGUGUCUGCAAGUCUUGGCUGGCCUUCUCAUCUGAUCCACACUACCGCCAGAAGCUCCCAAGAACUCCCUCUGGUCUCUUGUACCAAAAACGUGAGCUUGACACAGCCAUCCAUUUCGCCAGACUUCCCUCAAGUGACAGGGAUAUUGACACAACACUUAGCUUUGUGCCAUGUGGUCGGUACCCCUUGCAGGUUAAAGGCUGCAGCAAUGGCCUGCUUCUUUGUUAUAAUGGGGUUUCCAACGCCAUUGUGUGCAAUCCGGCAACUGAAGAGUGGAUGUCACUUCCAUAUACUCAACCUGGACCGACUGUCUCCUAUAAUUAUCUCAUGUUGGGUUUUGAUCCACUAUGGUCCCAGCACUUUUAUGUUUUCAAUUUUCAAUGGAGCACUGCCCCAAUUGGAGGGUACAAUGCUGAAGUUAAAGUACUUUCCUCUGAGGACUCCACAUGGUCUAGUUGUCUUUGGGAAACUGAUGAUGCAUUUUGGGGUGGUUCAAUCUUUGUAAAUGGAGUGUUGUAUGUGGGACACUUAUGGGAGCAUGAACUUCUGGUGCUUGAUGCACUUGACACAUCCACACAGUCGCUCAGUGAUAGGACUAUUCGGCUGCCAGGAUUUCCAAAUGGACCAGAAGAUUUUUGUUGUCCUGAUGGGUGUCUUUGCCUGUCAUGUGGGGUUUUAUGCUAUGCACAACAAGAAUUGGAUGGCUGUAUGAUGCGAAUCUGGAGUUUGGAAGGCUCUGACAAGUGGGUGGUGAAGAAUCGUCUAAGCAUGACCAAUGUAUUUGGCAGGGACAUGUUGCUCCGUACUGAUAGUAAAGGACGGUGGUAUUUCGAUUAUGACAUCCUGGCUUUUGACUUGGAGAGGGAGCUAGUUAUCGUUCUUGACCGAAUCGCUGUGAAGGUCUUCUCAUUUAGCACGAGUACUGGGACAGAGAUUUGGAUUGACUGUGAACCAUGGCUACGUUACUACUACGUGCCAUACUACAAGAAGCUUCCAGCUUUUAGUGCUUUGAAGGGCUCAAGAUGAAUGCUAGCUUGUUGUAUGCGUUACCAAAUUAAUGGUAUUAUCUGUAAACAUCUUUUGUGCACUAGCUCUCCCAAAACAGCUGUUAUGUGUAUGGACCAGAUUGUUGGUUUCUCUGUGUUAUGUUCAUCUAAUUGGCACUA